UCGUGAACCGCCGUAUGGUGAGCACGGACGUGCUCCCAACAGUUCCGCAGACGUAACGCGCACGUGUCGUGCUGGGACUGCGUUUGUUGACAAGCUAAAAUUUUAACAUUUGACUCAUUCUUUCGCGACAUCUUAACAACAACUGUGUUAAAUAAGUAAUCUAACGAAAAUAUAUCUCAAGAAUUUUUAUAAAUAAAUAUAUGUGAAGUUACAUUUUUUUGAAUUGAAACUGUUUCUUAGUUUAAGAUUUGAAUUUUCUUUCUAAGUGUUUUUUGGAUACGUAUACGUACAGAACAAGUACGAUUAAGUACUUUAAAAGGUUGAUUGAAAAGAAUAAUAUUACAACUUUAGUGCAAGACAAAAAGGAGUUAAUCGAACGUUGUGACAGAAGGAUAAGGAGAUGUGACAGAUCGUGUAGUGGUGCGGGUUUUGUGAUGCCGUUCGGUGUUGUUGGCCCCUAGUGUUGGUUGCCGGUUGCGAAGAGAGAGAAUCGAGCCCCCCCGAGUUGCCAUGGCGGCCCCCGGCGUGGCCCUGUCACUCACAUUGAUAUUGGCGUUUUUUCUGGCGGCCGUCCGUCCUAAUCAAGACGAUCAUAUUCUUGACGAUAAAAUCGAAGAUCCAGCACCAACGAAAUCCUCGGAGGAACCUGAAGACACUUUACUCACAAUUCAAGAUUCAGAACCUCUAUUUCUUCAAGAACCUUCAGAUGCGUUUGUUGUUAAAACGAGACCGGCCACUUUACGAUGCAAAGCGGCACACGCUCUUCAAGUAUACUUUAAAUGUAACGGUGAACGAUUGGAAACGAUCCCGAUGAGUUUUGUUGAUCCGCAAAGUGGGGUGCGAAUUGUUGAAGCGGAAAUCAAUGUUACAAGGGAUAUGGUUGAGGAAUACUUUGGUAAAGACAAAUUUAAAUGUGAGUGUCAUGCUUAUAACGGCGCCAGAGGUACCAGCAAAAGCCAACCAGCCACCAUAGAAGUUGCUUAUUUAAAGAAGCAAUUUGGUCUGAGUCCACCUUCGAUGAAGGUAGAACUCGGUCAACAGAUGGAGUUAAGCUGUGUGCCACCCCAAGGUUUACCGCCCCCGAGGGUUUACUGGCUCAGAGGGGAUAUGCCUCUGCAAUCUGACACAUCUGUGAUAGUGAGCAGCGAAGGACAUCUCCUUAUAGGACAGGCACGUGCUCAAGACACGGGAAACUACACUUGCGUUGCUGAAAAUUUGGCCGCGAAAAGGAUGGCACCACCCGUGCAAAUUACCGUAUUCGUGAACGGUGGGUGGUCGGCUUGGUCGCCCUGGAAGGAGUGUAGCUGUCCCGGAGCGAGCCUGCCUAAAGGAAAAAUGAGGACAAGAACGUGCACGCAGCCGACACCGAGCAACGGAGGCAGUAAUUGCAUUGGGCCGGAGAUCCAGAGGAACAAGGAAUGCCAGCCCUGUCCCCCAGAAGAAGUGGUCGUGGACGCUCCUAAUGAAUUUAACGACGUUGAUCUGUCGUAUGAACCAAAAUGGUCUCAAUGGUCGGAUUGGUCAGAAUGCACCCCGGAUUGCACCCGUACAAGAAGACGUCAAUGUUUAACAGGACCACCAAGAUCAUGUCUCGGAAAAGACACCCAAACCGGACCAUGCACAUCGGAACUUUGUCCUACCACACAAUUGAACAGCGUGCGAGAAGCGAACUUGGCGAACACGCAGACGGACCUCGCCCUCUACAUCGGCCUCACCCUCGCAGUCUUCUUGGUUACGUUGCUCUCUUUCCUGCUGCUGAGGGCAUGGCGGAAGAAGGGGCAACAUCAAUCUUUGUACAACAUGACAGCCAACGAUUAUCACCCAGAAUUUUUCCCGGAACACGAUAAGAAAUCGCUCGCUUUACAACCGGAUCUAACACAAACGGUUCCACCUUGUUACGAAUAUCCAUACCCAGCAUCUUCAGUAACGAGAUCGGUAUCGGAACAUCAUUAUGAUGUGCCUCAUUUAGCUUCUGGAAGUGAUAUCCAAAUGUCUCCUGCUACAAGUUCUACUUUGGAGUCAUCAAGCGGAAAAAGAAGUCAGCUAAGUGGGUUUACUAAUAAUUCUGACUCCACCUAUGAAGUAGCAACCGAAUCUGUAACUUUACCACUACCAUCCCUACCAACAGCUUACGCUGUGAGUCCUGCUACGAGUGGAACCUACACUGUAGCGACCGUAACAUCAGCAGGAACGCAUUUGAACCUCCCAGGGAAUGAAAUAAGCCUUUUAAUACCAGAGGGCGCCGUUGGAAGAGGGCGAAAAUCGGAGCUGUUCCUAUCGAUUUUAAACGAAGACUGUUUCCGACCUAGAGUAGCGGAAACUGUAACCCAACUAAGCCCCGUAAUUUCCUGCGGGCCAAAUAUUUCCCUAAAUAAAUCCGUAAUCAUAAAAAUCCCCCAUUGUGCGGAUUUAUCCCGAAAUAACUGGUCCAUAAUCGUUUUGCAAAGUGAUUGCAGCGAUUCCCAGUGGCAAACGGCGGUAACUUUAGGGCAAGAAACCAUCAACACAGAGCUUUUCUGCCAAUUAGACCGAGAUAAAGUCUAUCUUGUUACCGAUACCUUAUCCAGAUUUGUUAUAGUUGGGCAUUCCGUGAACGGAUACGCAACAAAACGCUUAAAAUUAGCCGUUUUUGCCCCUAAACUAUGUACACAAUCCUGCAUGGAUUACAACGUAAGAGUUUACGUUUUAGAGGACACCGAAAGCUCCAUGGAGACCGUUUUUAGCCAAGAAAAGCGACUCGGGGGUUACUUACUCGAAGAACCUAAGUCAAUAAACUUUCAAGACGGCGGAAACGCUUUAUGUUUACAUUUAGAAAACAUUAGCGAAGGUUGGAAAGCCAAACCGAGUUCUAAUUACCAAGAGAUCCCAUUUAAACAUUUAUGGCAAGCGAACAGCAACAGUUUGCACUGUUCGUUUUCGUUGGAGGCCAUAAAAAUUACGAGAAUUUUAAAUUUCAAAAUCAGGGUAAAUCAAAAAUCGUCCGAACAUUACCAAAACUUCGAUAUAACCUGCCGGGACGAUACCGAAAUGUCCAAUCGAACCAAUUCCGCUAAAACCUACAAUGAACUUUUGCCAAAAGUGACGGUACAAAGUGAAACGACACGAUCCGCCAACGAUAUGCCGCGGAGUUACAAGAAUCAACAGACGAAUCAAAACGAGGACCUAAGAAGUGCCAAAAACUUAGAAGCGCCAAAAUUGAAAAACCUAAUACUAACCGAUAGAGGUGUAUCAACAUGUGAUGAUUUCGUGUUUAGAUUAGAUAGGAAUAUUCGCAAACAAAUAUGUCAAUGUUUAGAUCCCCCCACUCAAAGAGGAAACGAUUGGCGCAUGUUGGCUCAUGCCCUCUCAGUUGAUAGAUACAUAAAUUUUUUCGCCACCAAGCCAUCCCCAACCGACUGCAUUUUGGAUCUUUGGGAGGCUAGAAAUAGACAAAGCAACGCUAUGACUGAAUUAGUAAGCGUUUUUAAAGAUAUGGAACGAAUGGAUGCUGUGAAAGUUAUGGAAAGUAUUUUAGGACCCAAUUGGCUAUAAAAAGCCUAAAAACGAAUUAAACAAAAAAAAAUUUCACUCAAUUUAUUAACCAAUAAGUAACUUUGUUGAUUCAUUGUAAAUAUAACAAUACUAUUUGCCAAUUACGUUAUUCUUUAAAAAUUACAAUAAUUAUAAACGAUAUUUAUACAAAAAAAGAAGAAACGAAAAAAUUAAAUUAAAAAAAGAAUUAAAUAGUUUAUGUAAAAGAAUUAAUUGUGCAAUUAUGUAUAUUACUUGUAUUACAACUUACAAUGAUAAUUGAUUAAAAAAAACAACGCUGAGUGUAAGCUGAAAAAAAACAAAGGAUUUAAAAACCGAAACUAUUCACCACUUGUUAAAUAAAGGCACCGAAACAAAAAAACGAAAAUUGAAUAAUAAAAUAAUAAUAAACGAAUAAAGGUAAUUCUCUUAACUCCUUGUAAACGCGAAAAAGCGGAUGAGAAACGUACUAGUUUUAGUGUGUAACGAAAAGAAAGGAAUCGUGGAAAAUAAUUGUCGAAAUACUUGUAGAGUUUUAUACAGAAAAAGAUGAAAGAAUCAAAAGUAGUUUUCUAGAUAUUUUAGACAUGUUUUUGUACAAAUCACCGGCGAAAACAAAAGUUUAAAUAAAUGAGAAAAAAGGGUCGCUUUGGAGA